CGCGCAUGCGCGCGAGGCGUCGGCGUUGGCGUGGCGCGCGCCCUCUGGGGCAGGGCGGGCAGCAGUUGCCACGGCGACGGCGGGAGCCGGCGGUGAAGGUUCUAAACGUAGAAAAUAUGAAUGACUGGCAAAGGAAAAGCCCUCUAGACUGGCAAACAUAUGUGAACAAACAAGUGAAAGUUGCAGCAGCUGAGAAAAACGAAUAUGAAGGAUGGGUCUUAACAGUUGACCCAGUUUCUGCUAAUAUUGUCCUUGCAAAGUUUCCAGAGAAUGAAAAGGUGGUAAUCUCAGUUGUCUUGGGCCAUGCUAUCCAGGAGGUCCAAAUACUUAAAGAAGCGGACGAUGACAUGAAGGAACGACUUUCUCGCUUAUUCAUGCCUGAAGAGAGCAAAGCUUACAGCCCAGAAGAGCUGGAAAAGAAGAAGAAAAACUUGAAGACUUGGCUAGAAACAAAUCACAUCCCUGUAACAGAGCAAGGUGAAUCAGGAGGAACGCUGUGCGUCGCAGGUGUAUUAACUGUUGACCCACCAUAUGGCCCAGAGGAGUGCAGCAGCUCCAAUGAGAUUAUUCUGUCUCGAGUUCAAAGCCUGAUACAGGGCUAUCUUGAAAAACAACAGUGAUGUCUGCUGUUUAACGCGUUUAUAUUCAGGCAUGGGUCUACAUGUCCCGUUUUAAGAACUGUCUUGGAUAUCUAUAUUUACUGUAUGCAAAACUGCUGGGUUUAGGUGUUUUUGUUGAGUGUUGUAUACUAAGAAAAGGAUGAAACAAGCAGUGUAAACUAAAAGCAGGAAGCAUUUUUGCAUGUACUUUUAUUAAAAGCAAGCACUGGAUAAUUAAA